CUUACGUAUGGAUCAUCCUCUCAACUUUAAGAUAAUUAAGGAAUGUUCGACAUCAAGAGCUCGCGUGGCUCAAAUUGAGCUUCCUCAUUCGGUAGUCGACUCGCCAGUGUUCAUGCCCGUUGGCACGCAGGGCAGCCUCAAAGGUCUGACCGUCUCCCAACUCAAACGACUAGAUUGUCGAAUCAUGCUAAGCAACACGUACCAUCUGGGUUUACGACCAGGUACGGAAGUAAUCGAGUUAGCAGGAGGACUGCACAAUUUUAUGCAAUGGGAUCGAAACCUAUUGACAGACAGUGGAGGAUUCCAAAUGGUCUCUUUACUCAAAUUGGCGGAAAUCACAGAAGAAGGAGUCAAAUUUCAAUCACCACACGAUAAAUCAGAGAUGCUGCUCACUCCUGAAAAGUCAAUAGAAAUCCAGAACAGCUUGGGUGCCGACAUCAUCAUGCAGCUAGAUGAUGUAGUCCACAGUCUGACGACAGGCCCACGUGUUGAAGAAGCAAUGCAAAGAACAAUAAGAUGGCUAGACAGAUGUCUGGCUGCACACAGAAAACCGAGAGAACAAAAUCUUUUUCCUAUUGUUCAGGGAGGUUUGGACGAUGAGCUGCGUCGUCGAUGUGCAAAGGAAAUGAGUAGUCGAGAUGUGGCUGGCUUUGCUAUCGGUGGACUGUCGGGAGGUGAAGAGAAGACAUCCUUUUGGCGAAUGGUGGCUACAUCAACAGAUAUCUUGCCUAAACAUAAACCAAGAUAUCUGAUGGGCGUCGGUUAUGCUGUCGAUCUUGUUGUCUGUUGUGCUCUUGGUUGUGACAUGUUUGAUUGUGUGUAUCCUACUAGAACGGCUAGGUUUGGAACCGCUCUUACCACAGCCGGUCAUUCAACUAUAAAUCUCAAGAGUAAAGAUUUUGCCAAUGACUUCUUACCUAUUGAUCGAAAUUGCUCGUGUUCAACAUGUCAGUCUUCGACACGAGCUUAUCUCCAUGCAUUGUUUAUUAAUCGUGAGGCAGUCGGAUGUCAUUAUGUUACGGUACACAAUGUGGCCUAUCAACUGGAACUUAUGAAAAGCAUACGACAAAGUCUUACGGAUGACUGCUUUCCUGCAUUUGUUCAAGAUUUCAUGUUGACUGCUUACCCAAACAAGGAUUACCCACAGUGGGCAGUGGAUGCUCUUGCAACAGUAAACAUUAAACUACACUAGAGCAAUUUACAAUUUUCUAUGGUUUAAAUUUGAAAUUAUUUUAUUUUUUGCUAUGCUUUGAGCUUCUCAAUGUCUCAAUAGCAUAUUGAGCAGCUCCAAUUGCUGCAUCAGAAC